AUGAAGUCGACCCAGAUCCUCGCCGCGGCCCUGAUCGGGCUGGCUGACAUGGUCGCCGGUGCGGCUUCCGGCAUCGCCUCUGCUGCAGGUGCCGCCAAGGAGAUGCUCUACGAGUCUGGCCAGAUUCACAUGGAAAUCAUGGCGAAGAAGGAGUCCUACUGGGCUUCGCGUGAGGCCGAGGGCAUCAUGAACUCGAGCCAAUACCCCAGCUACUCCGCCGUUGCGUCCGACUUUCGCCUUGCGGCUGCCCCGGUUCCCUGCGUCAACGGCCUGGCACAGGUCAGGCCUAACGAUUCCAAGUACACUUUCAAGUGCAGCAACGUGGACUUUUAUGACUUUGUCAGCCACGCAGACCUUGGUAGCACCAGGGGCCAGGGCGCUUCGUCGUGGGGCUGGACCAGCCCCGAGGGCAGGGAGUUUGUGGCCAUUGCUCAGUCCGACGGUGCCGCCUUUGCAGAGGUCACCAAGGAGGGCAAGCUUGCCUACCUCGGCCGCCUGCCGCAGUACUCGAGCGUUUCCGUCUGGCGCGAGAUGAAGGGCUACAAGAGCUAUCUCAUCAUUGGAAGCGAGGCCACCAACCAUGGUGUGCAGAUUUUCGACUUUCGCAAGCUCCUCACAGUCGACCCAGCCAAGCCCGUCGUCUUUAGCAACUCCCGGGAUCUGACGGCCAGGUGGAACGGACUUCCGACCGGCCGGUCCCACAACGUCGUCGUCAACGAGGAGAAGAACUACGGCGUCGCCGUCGGCGCCAUGCCUCGCACCAGCUCGUGCCGCUCCGGCCUCAUCUUUUUCGACCUGACCGACCCGGCCAACCCCAAGGACCUGGGGUGCGCGUCCGGCGACGGCUACGUGCACGAUGCGCAGUGCAUAGUCUACCGUGGACCCGACACAAAGUACAACGGCCGUGAUAUCUGCUACGGCUACAACGAGGAUACCUUGACCAUCUACGACGUGACCGACAAGAAAUCCACCAAGAUCAUCUCGCGCACCACCUACUCGGGCGCCGCCUACACGCACCAGGGCUGGGUGACCAACACCACCUGGCAGGAGUACCUGGUCCUGGACGACGAGUACGACGAGUACGACCGCGUCGGGCCCGGAUCCCAGCGCCGCGCCGUCACCUACUUCUGGGACAUCCGGUCGCUCGAGAGCCCCAAGCAGACGGGCUUCUUCCGCAGCUCCGUCAACGGCGUCGACCACAACCAGUUCGUCGUCGGCAGGUACGCGUUCCAGAGCAACUACGGCAGCGGCCUGCGCGUGCUGGACCUGGCGACCCUGCCGCGCGACCCCACCGGCGCCGGGGUCCGGGAGGUUGCGUACUUUGACGUCUACCCCGAAGAUGACAACGUCUCGGGCGGCGGGCAGGUCGAGUUCCAGGGUACGUGGAGCAGCUACCCGUUCUUCAAGAGUGGGUUUAUUGUGGUCAACACGAUUGAGCGUGGUGCGUACGUGCUCAAGAUGACCAACAGGGAGGGCUACGAAACAGUCCACGCAGCCCAGCUCUCCCUCCCAACCUACCCGCUCACCAUCCCCGUGCUCCUCCUGCCCCUCCUCGCCCUCGCAAACACCGUCUUUGCCGUCCGCAGCACCGCCCUCCGCCUCCGCGACCCCGCCGCCGCCAAGCCGUUCCCGCCGCGCCCCACGACGCUCGUCACGGUCCUGCAGGUCGUGCAGGCCAUCGCCGCCGCCGUGCUCGCCACGCUGCUGGCGGCAUCGCCGGCCGUCGACGCCUGCUUGCUCGAGCAGACGUGGCAGCGCAUGUACAGCGCGCACGACGGCGACGGCAUCCGGCGCGUCCAGGACGCCCUCGGCUGCUGCGGCUUCAACUCGCCCCGCGACAGGGCCUGGCCGUUCCCGCACGGCAGGGGAGGUCAGCAGACCAGGUGUGACGAGGCCUGGGGGAGGACUGAGAGCUGCAGGGCGCCUUGGCGGGGGGCGAUGAGAGUCGGGGUCGGUGUCGAGUUGGGCGUUGUGGUUGUCGUGGAGAUUGUGCAGGUCCUCACCUUACUCGUUCUGGCCGGCUUCCCGUAUGUCAGGCGAGGCCUCUGGUACGUCAUCAACCAUCAGACGCACCGCCGAGAGUAUCCGGCCCGCAACGGGCGCAAUGAAGCCCCGUACAGAGAUAGACCUUUGCUCGCCGACCAAGAGGCAGAUUCGGAUUCCGACCUGCUCGAAGAGGAUGAGGCUGAUGAUGAGCAGCCAUGCAAUCACUGCGGGCGGAAAGGAGAUGAUGGAGAGCAGACGCAGCAGCAGCAGCAGUCGGCCAACAACCUGCCGUCUCUGGAUUCAUCGAUUGUUGCAAACGUGUGGAGAGGGGACAAUUGA